CCUCUCCAUUGGCAGUUGCCACAAGGAUAUCGUCGCUUCCGCUUCUCUCCCUCUCUCGCCCCGCUCUACCUCCAUCCUCUUCCUCCUCGCAUUCCUUGCCAACCUCGCCGCCCCGGCCUCCGACGAUCGCCGGCCGCCGCCUCCACAGUUUCCAUCGAACGCCAGGGUUGGUUUCCAAGAACUCUUCGCGCUAUCUAUCUAUCUAUCUAUCUUUGGGGGGCUAAAUUAAAGAAGGAUACAAAAUGGGGAGGAGAUGGCACGCCCUCGCCGCCGUCGGCGUGGCCGCCUGCGCGGCCGCCGCAGUCGCCGCCGGCGACAGGGGGUUCACGUUCGCCGACGCGGUGGCGGCGCCGGAGGAGGUGGGCUACAUGAGGAAAGUCGUCAACUUUCUGUGGAGCGGCGAGGCCUCUUAUCACCACGUGUGGCCGCCGAUGGAAUUUGGUUGGAAAAUUGUUUUGGGAAUAUUAAUUGGAUUCUUUGGAGCAGCGUUUGGAAGUGUAGGAGGAGUAGGUGGCGGUGGGAUUUUCGUGCCGAUGCUGACCUUGAUCAUUGGUUUCGACGCGAAAUCAUCAACGGCGAUAUCAAAAUGUAUGAUAAUGGGGGCAGCUGUGUCAACUGUCUACUACAACCUCAAGCUGAAGCACCCAACUUUGGAUAUGCCUGUUAUUGACUAUGAUCUAGCCCUGCUUAUCCAGCCGAUGCUCAUGCUAGGGAUCAGCAUCGGUGUUCUUUUCAAUGUCAUAUUCCCUGAUUGGCUCAUCACAGUUCUAUUGAUCAUCCUUUUCCUAGGCACUUCAACUAAAGCUUUUCUGAAGGGUGUUGAGACGUGGAAGAAAGAGACAAUACUCAAAAGGGAGGCAGCAAAGCGGUUGGAGCAAAUAGCUGAAGAACCGGAGUAUAGUCCGCUGCCCACAGGGCCGAAUGCCACAGCUGAGUCAAAAGCCCCAUCAGAUGAAGCAGCAUCUCUAUGGCAAAAUGUUUACUGGAAGGAGUUUGGACUUCUUGCCUUUGUUUGGAUAGCAUUCCUUGUGCUUCAGGUCACUAAGAAUUACAUGCCUACUUGCUCCACGUGGUACUGGGUUUUGAACUUUCUCCAGAUCCCGGUGUCAGUUGGGGUGACCAUGUACGAAGGAUUGGGCUUGAUGCAGGGGAGGAGGGUCAUAUCAUCAAAAGGAGAUGAACAAACCAAUCUAAAAUUUCACCAGCUUCUGGUGUACUGCUUUUUUGGAAUGAUGGCUGGUGUUGUUGGCGGCUUGCUUGGUCUUGGUGGCGGCUUCAUCAUGGGGCCUCUGUUCUUGGAGCUUGGAAUCCCUCCACAGGUCUCAAGUGCCACAGCCACCUUUGCAAUGAUGUUCUCAUCUUCCAUGUCUGUUGUUGAAUACUACCUCUUGGACCGGUUCCCUGUGCCAUAUGCUCUUUUCUUCACCGUUGUGGCCUUUUUUGCGGCGAUUAUUGGACAGCACAUUGUAAGGAAGCUGAUCAAUUGGUUAGGGCGGGCAUCACUCAUUAUCUUCAUUCUGUCCUUCAUGAUCUUCAUCAGCGCAAUCUCACUAGGUGGAGUCGGCAUCUCCAACAUGAUUGGCAAGAUUGCGCGACACGAGUACAUGGGUUUCGACAACAUCUGCAAUUAUGAUGUAUAAGGCUCAGGCUCACAAGGGAAAUAUAUGUGCAGUUCAGUGAAUAGAACAUUGUGAUGUGGAUUUUUCAGAUGUCAAAUUGUAGCAAGUACAGAUUGAAGCAUAGGGGCAUGCCGAUCAAUUUUUUUGCCUGUAAUUUAAGUAAUUAUUAUUGCCCGACAACUCUGGAGAGGCAAACUCCAAACAUAAGCAGUCGAUAUUCUCUGAAGAGAAUAGCAAGAGCAGAUCAUUUAUUAUUCUUUUUACUGGUUUCGUUGUCAUCGUUUUAUAUUUAAAUGUUGUAAGAAAAAGCUAAACAGAUUUGGAGCUCAGUGUUACUGUUAUUUUUUUUUCCA